AUGAAUGCUCAGAACAUGGAUGUGCAACACCUCAAUGAGGCACUGGAGGAAAUGAGGGCAACUAUAGAGCGCCUUGAGGACGAACAUGAGGCUGAUUUGCAGGCAGUCGCACAGGCGAUCGACGCUCAGUUGAUGGAGAAUGAUAAGGUUCUAGAGGGGCGAUUGGAGAAGCAACGUAUCUUUUAUGAAGGACGCAUAGCAGAUCUAGAGUGCCAAUUAAAGAAACUGCAUGAGGAGUAUUCGACACUUACUGAUGCUGAGUCCACGAGCGCUGUGAAAACCUUGAACGACAAUACGGAGCGUGGCGACGAUUUGACAUCUCAGGUUGGCUACUGGCGCGAAGAGCACGCCAAGCUCAGCAUGCGAUUCCAACAGCUACAGAGAGAAUUCGAGAGCUAUAUGUACAACGCACAGACCUCGCAGGAAGACGAGGGGGCAACUCAACAGCAAGAGGAAUUGCAUGCCACACACGAGGUAGAAUCCCGGCAGAACCAUCUGCUGCAGGAUCGCCCAGAGAGCAUGGACAGGUUCUCACACGACAUUCAGGACGAUGUCUGUGAUCGUGAUGUACAACCUGAAGUCUUGCAAAGCGAGCUCGAGGAGAUGAGAGCGCGGUAUGCUGCGGAGGUGGCUCAUCUUGAGGAAAGGCUAGAGAAAAGAACGAAGGAGGUAGAAAGCCUUUCUCAAGCCAAUGACGAGCUCAGGGAGCUUAUCCAGCACGGUGCAAGCACGGUGCAAGCAAAGCUCCAUGAGCAAAACGACCAAAUUGUGGCGCUCAAUCUGGAGGUUGAGAAACUGGAGGAAGAACUAUCCAGCUCACGGGAUCAAGUUUCCCAGUAUGCGGAAAUGAUUGAGCAACUAAAAGGUGUCGGAGAAGAAGCUCAGCAGCAACUCCUGAGGGCUGAGAUUAUGCAACGUGACCUCAACGUUCAAUUGCAGAAGGCGGAGCGCCACCUACGGGAGGAGAAACACGUAGCAGCUCAGAAGCUUGAGGGGGUAGUCCGCGAACAGGAGCGACAACAAGAACAGACCAGGGAUCACUACACGCGUGAGAUUAAGAAUCUCCAGGAGGAGUUGGACCGCAUGCGGAGCGAACUUCAGGCUAUUCAGACUACUCCUGCCACACUCCCCUUAGGGGAUGAUGAGGAGUUCGAAUUCCUCAAGGAGCGUCUCGUAGAUGCCUUGGCCAGUAAUGAGGAAUUACAAGCUUCAUUGCGCGAUGCGAGAGACGAGAUACGGGUUUUGCGCGGCACAGAAGGCCAUGAAAACUCCAGCCAAUGCGACUCUACGACUCCUGCCAGCGGGAAUGAUGCCUCUGCUGACUCGUUGCUGCGGCGCAUCGGGCAACUCGAGUCUUGCAUUCAGGAACUCACAAACGAUCGCCGUGCGCUAGAGCAGGAAAAGGUUGAACUUGAGAACGGCCUCAAGGAUGCCAUGCACCACGCAGAAAUGAACGAAAAGACAAUACAGCAACAGAAAAGCGAACUUCAGGACUUGGGUUUGCUCAGGGAGAGUUCUAUUGAACUCGCCAUAGCUUACGAGGAGCUGCAGAGGCAUUCUGUUAAAGACGCACAUUAUAUUUCCAUCCAGAAGCACACAGAGGCACUGAUUAUGGCGAAGAUGGUAUGCGUACCGCGCCUCCUACGGGAGUACCUUGAUGCCAUUUUCAGCAGCUUGAUGGUUUUGAUCGAGUCUGCACAGAAACAGAGACCCUGUCUGAAUGAGCGGUUCGACGCCAUCGAAGAGGUUGCUUUUAUGGCGUUGGAGGAGGAUGAGCGGCAAGAUGAGGCAUCUCAGGUUGCACGGGCGGAUGCCGAUCAGGCACAACUGGCACGAAAAAAAGUUGAUUGA